UUUUUUGGCAGGUUAAAGGGAUUAAAAGGAAGAACAAUGUGUUACGGUAUGCUUUGGAAUAUUAUGACUUCCCUGAUGAAAAGAUACGAUGGACAAAGUUAUAUCAGAAGCUGCCUAGAACUAGUGGGAGAAAUCCAAAAGAGCAUAAAAAGCAACUUAUGGUGCGUCCGCAGUUCCCAACAGUCUAUCUUGAAAAUAAAAUGCCUGAUGUUAGUAGCAUCUCAGAAGAAGUAGUUGUUAUCAAUGACUGGAAGAUAGGAGAUUUGGUGGACUGGUGGGUUGAUGGUUGUUAUUGGUCUGGAUGGCUAAAAUUUGAUGACCAAAAAUAUAAGAUCGAGUUGCAUCCUCCUCCUGUGGGUGAAGGGUCUUCCUAUGAAGUUUCCUUCAAAAAUCUUCGUCCAUCCUUGGACUGGUGUUUGGAUAAUGGCUGGACAGUACCUAUUCCUGAGGAUGGUGAAAAUAGACCCUGUGCACGGUUGUUCAAACCUGUUAAUCAAGGGAGCUCUCCACGUUUGGUUGGGCGAGCUGUGAGUGAAGAGAAAAUGUACAGUUUGGGAAUCGCUAGGGGCUUGGAUGACUAUAUUGCUUCCUCUUCUCAACUUCAACUAGUUCAUUAACUGCUCCCGAAAGAU